CCUAAAAACACACUAUUACCUCUCACUUCUCACUCUCACCUACCCCGAACACACUCUCACUCUCACUCUCACUUACACCUAAACAUACAAACCCCAAACCCUCACACCAUCGGCGGCAGAAAACCCGUCGGCGUCAGAAGACUUUCGUCGGCGGCGACCUCUCAGCUCUGUCACUGUCUUAAGAGACUGAAACGACGUCGUUGUGAUCUGUUUCGCGUAUCGAUGAUGGUCGGGGGAGUGGAAUCGUGGUCUCCGUCGCCGUCGCCGCCUGAGGGAAGAGGGGAAGGGAAAGCGGUGGUUGUUGGAGGAGCGAUGGUAAUGGACUUUCCGUUGGAUGACAGUGGUGCGACGGCGUUUUCGUCCUCCUCUUCUUCUUCGCCCUUUCUCCACCCAAAUUGCCUCGCAGGCUUCGCCGGAGACUCUCGGAGUCUAAGUCCCCGCUGAACUGUACUGUCGAAGAUAUCGAAGCGAAGCUCCGCCACGCCGAUCUUCGCCGCCAGCAAUGCGAUGGGAAAUUGUCAAACAAGGCUCGAGCAAAGCCCAGAAGCCCAUCACGGUCCUCAUCUAAUGAGGAAGAUCUUGGUUAGCGCCUUGAAGCGAAGCUCCAAGCUGCUGAGCAGAAGAGUAAUCCAUUAUGGGCAGCAAGUUGGUGCCGAGUUCAGUACAACAAAGUGAGCUGAGCGUGUUAACCAUGUCCAACCUCGACAUCAUGAACCACAUUUACGCAACCCAUGUUCAUGGUGACGAAAAGUUUGAUGUUGAGUCUCUUUUCGUUCUCGUCGAAAACAUCCUUAAGCGUGCCACCCUAAUUGUUGACCAUGUUGCACUGUGAUGAUAUAUCUUUGGAUGGACUAGAGCAAGAACUGGAAGAAUGCAAAAAUGACGAUGUAGUUGCAAACAUACUAUUUGAAGGUACAAAAUUAAGGGAGUAUACAAAGGGGGUUGAGAACAAUUUACGGAAAGUUGAAUUGGACUCGAUUCAGUUCCAUGAUGAAAUCGGUCGGUGAUUUGCCUUCACUUGAUGUCUCUAACUCAAACUCAAGCUCACCGAGACGACCCAGAUCUGAAACCAAUCAAGCUCCAGCUCCUAGUUGGGAUGAACUCCUAGCAGAUAUGAUCUGUGAAAUUGCAAAGCUACUACCUAAUUUUGUGGAUAUUAAUUCGUUGCUAACUGUUUGCAAACAAUGGAAUUCUGUCAGUCCAGAAAUUACAAGGCCUGCAUUCCCAUUGCCAUUCCCAUUGCUUAUGCUUUCCAAGACAUUAAACACCAAUUGGCGAAGUUUCUUUAAUCUCUGCGACAGCAAACGCUAUAGAUUAGAACUAUCUACAUUCGGAGGAAAACGAUGUUGGGGAUCUCCAUAUGGUUGGAUUGUAUUACUGGAUCCUAAUUCUAAUGCUCACCUUGAACACCUUGGCAAAGGAAGACAGAUCAUUCUUCCAUCACUAAACACAAUUCGAACACUGGCUGCUACAGAAGAGUGGUUUCGCCUUAUACACAAAUUCAUUGUUUUUAAGCAACCUUCCCAUGAGUCAUCUUUCCUUGUCAUAGCAAUUUUCGGCCCUCAGAAUAGCUUGGCUCUUGUGAGAGUGGGAGAAGGAGCAGCUUUGAAUGGAAGAGGACAAGAUGAGUGGGUUCUUGUUGCCAAUCCAGAUGAAUUCAAAUUCAAGGAUGUUGCAUGUUUUAAUGAUCAAAUAUAUGGACUUUUUGACAAUGGCACACUCGUGCGCGUUGAACUAGAUGCUGAGGUACAAGUUGUUUCUCCUCAACCAGAAGAUGUAUGGGAACCCCAGAAACUAUAUUUGGUGGAGUUAUCUGGAAAUCUUUUUGGGGUUUUUCGUUAUGGAUAUUAUUAUCCUUUGAAGAGGAGGUACGAGAUCGCGUCUUUUUCGGUCUACAAGUUCAACUUCGAUGCACCAUCUUGGGUAGAAGUGAGAAAUGGGAGAGGCUUGGAAGAUCAUGCUGUCUUUGUUGGUGAUGGCAACUCCUGGUGCUGUCCUACAAUCACCAUAUCUAGCAGUAGUAAAAGAAUCUACUUCACAGACGACAAUUGGGAUUGGCAAAUGUGCCCAGGAGGUGAAUAUGGAGGAUGUGAUGUCGGAGUGUUUGACAUGAAAACUAGAGAAAUUCAACCCCUUCCAUUCGGUGAGGACAACCCUUCUUCCUAUUCUCGACCAAUUUGGGUUACAACUACUAUGUGAUUGUAUUAGCUUAUUUUCCAUUUUAUUAGCUUAUCUGUUUAUGUACUUUGAUUUCUCUAAUAUUGUUUGGCUUAAUUGAAGACGUUUUGACCAAAUACAAUUUGACAUUUUGGUUGUAAGCAGGACAAAAUAUUAAACCAAUUUCUAGAAUAUGUAAGGUUCUGUUGCUGUCAA